AUGGAGGCCACCGAAGGAGGCAACAACAACGAGAAGGAGAAGAAAGAGGAGAAUGCGAUGGAGGAUCGGGUGGGUGAUGGUGGAAGACGGGCGGCGACGAGGAGAAGCGGGGAGUUCUUCCCGGAGCUAUGCUCGCCGGCGCCGGUGCGGCUCACUGUGUGGUGCAAGUCGCUGCUCUUCAACAGCCACGGCUACACCGUUUACGACGACGCCGACGGCCGCAUGGUCUUCCGCGUCGACAACUACGCCCACAACUGGCGGCAGCAGGCUGUUCUCAUGGACUGCGCCGGCCAUGUCCUCCUCACCGUCCGCCGCUGUCGCAAGAUUCUGAACUUGAAGGAGAGUUGGGAGGCUUACAAGGGUGACAAAGAUGUUGAAGACAUGGUGAGAGAGCAAAGCCCACUGUUCAAAGCAACCAAGGACUUGGGCAGCCACAGCUGCACCAUCUCCAUGUUCACCCAAGAUGGAUUCCAGCCAUUAUUAGGUUAUCGAAUGAGCUGGUCCCGCGAGAAGGAAUGCUCCAAGAUCUAUCAGUCUGCUGCAAACACACUGGUGGCCGAGGUUAGUAGGAAAUAUGGAUCCAUGGCAAAGAAGCUACUUGACAAGGAUGUUCUAACUCUGAGGGUGCAGCCUGGGAUGGAUCAGGCAUUGGCAAUGGCAAUGAUUAUGAUCACAAACUCCAUGGGAUGAUCAUGGACUGAUUGAAUUGAAGAGAGUUAGAUAUUCCUGGAUUGUACAUGAUGGUAUAUGAGGAAGACGAGGAUGUGAAGAUGUGCUUGAGAUAGAUAAUAAGCAAGAGUGAUUGUACACAUCGUAUCGUAGACAGAUGAUUAUUGCAACAGCUCAUACAAGAAGGAAUUAUCUUCAUUUGUUGUAAAUAUAAAUAUAUAUGUAUUGAUGAAAGGAUAGUUAUGAAGGUAC